AUGUAAACAACAUGUGAGCGUUUUCAUGUCAGUUUGUUCACCUCAAGUUUGAGCUUUGCAGUGUCGCCUGCUCAUUUAACCUUUAAGUGCGUCGUGUGUUUAAACACCUGUGCGCGCUACCGAGAGAGGAAAGCGUGUGCGUGUCUAGCAGAUUAAUUUCCAAGAAAGAGCAACAAUAGGUAGCCAAAAGGACAAAGCAGGUGGAGAUGGCUCAUAAAGUCCUGGGUAUGGAUAAAAAAGCAAGAAAUAAUGUGAUGGUCUGCUGUCUGAAACCACCCAUAUGCGAAAGUUUGAAACCUCUUUCCAUGUAUUCAAGGAUGACCUGUAAUAGAAAGGCUGAUCUGCAGCAGUCGAGAAGGUUUUCUACAUUUAAUGAUUUAGAAAUUGAGGUCCGUAAUAACUGGAUAAAUAAAAGGAAACCGUACUAUUCCAGUCCUGAUGAAGGGUAUGUUAGUCGGUUAAAAAAGCCCCUUAGUCCACAGGCUUUGUCCCCUGAUCUCGAGUGUUUUACGGACUGUUACAGCCCUUUUGUGAGACAGCAAUCAACAUUGUCUUAUCCUGAACCUUUACCUAAAAAGCAAAAUGUUGGGAGUGCAGUAAAACAGCCUGUGAACUCUUGGCUACACUCGGAGCACAUCAAGCAGUGUGGAUCCUCCACAGAUCCAGGAGGUGAAGAGGAGAUCGUACAAAAACAUAUUACAUCUGAGAAUAUCCUUUUAAAUUUUUCCCCUGUGUUUGACUAUGACUUAGAUACAAUAUGUUACCUCAAUCCCAUUAAUACCUGUACUGCAGCAGGUAAUUUGGAUCCUGCAGAAAGCUGCACAGCUCCACAUUGCAACACGUUUCCAGAGAAACAAUUUCCUGCUGUUCACACAAGAGAUGGAAAGAAGAGUUGGAUGAGAGAGUUUGGGAGUCAGUGAUGAUAGAGGCUAUGUAUCUCUGUCCUCCAUAAAUGACCAUAAAGGAGAUGGGUUAUUGAACUCUAAACAGCUCACUGGUAACUCAAAUCCCCAUCUCAGGGUGGUUGAGAAUGGCUGUCAUCCUCAAAGAUCACCCAAGCCACAAUAUAAUAAUCAAACUGUGACCUCUGGAGGCUUUACUGUUGCAGUGGACGACUUGAGUCCUGCUGUCAGUGGGCCUUUCAUGGAGCUGAUGACCUCCGUUGUGGAGAGUUUAGAAGGUGAGACUGAGGGGGUGUGGGAUAUCGGUCCUCCCACGCUUGAAUCCUCUCCGUAUGGCAAAGUCAGGCCAAACACUGCUAGUGACAGACGUCUGGCAUCAGAGUCAUCUGGACACAGUACAGAAGACACCAAUCUGGAGGACGCCUGGGAAAAUACCUUACCUCUUCAAGUACAGGUGAAAUCAAAAGUUGUUGUUCCAUGCCAGCAAACCACAAAACCAGAGGAAGAGUCGCGUGCUCGGACUGCCAAGUGCUCCGGGACUCAAAGGCCUGUGAUCUUCAGCAGGAGGUCAGACUGGGAGAAGAAAAAGAGACUCUAUGUCCAUUCAGUAAUGAGACACAUGCAAGAGAAACAAGGAGCACAUAAUGGUGUCAUGUCUGAGCUGCUGAGCGUGAUGAACCGUGUUGCUGGUGAGAAAGCGGGCAAGGAUGGGAAACGGUGGCAGCACCCCUCCGACUUCACCCGCCGAAAUUACCAGAGUCGCUUUGGUACAAAGCCAGAGAUGACGCUCCGAGAAUGGCAACGCAAGAACUAUGGCUCACACGAACGCUUUUCAAAAGUUCCUAAACUGUUUGAAAGAUACCACUGUCCUCGACUCUAAAAUGUCUGAGCAAGAAACACUGUGUGAAAAAACCCUUUACUGUUAUGGUGUAAUACGGCCCUUUUCAGACAUGCAUAACCUCGCUGCUGGCAACAUUCAGACGUCAUGGAGAGAGGCACAGCACGCACAAGCGCUGUAGCUGUAGUGAAGUGUAGCCACGCUUUAAAUAUUUAGCUCUCUCCACUGAUGUCGAUAAGAAGGUGCAGAGUGCUGCUGAGAGAGCUGUACUCUGCCCCUCACACACAAAGAGACCCCUCCUCUCGAUAAAAAUAAUGUUUUAAUAACUGAAAAGAAAAUAUGUACGUGUUAUUGGUAAUUCGUGUAUUCAUACAAGUGCAGGGCCUCUGGUACAGUGCAGCUGUGUGGAUCGGGCAGUGGGGUUACUGAGGAGGAAGGUGUGUGUCUGGAAGGGGCUCGUUUUUCCUUGUGUCAAAUAUUUGCACUUUUUCUGUUUCUUGGGUGAAUUUGUAUUUGGUUGCCUGGUUUGUCUGUUUUGUUGUUGCACUUUUGCUUUUUCUUUCUUUCUUUAGAUUCUACGUUUGUCUUUUAUUUAAAAAUUGGUGCAUGUUUCAAUGUGGUGUGUGCCGAUCCAGUACUUGCAUCCUUCCAAGUGACAUCGGGCCCAUCUGUCCUGCUAAAUUCUUCACUAUCCUACGAGCUGUCACAUAAUAUCCUGCUUGAUACACUAACAAGUUCUUUUUUUCUAGAUUGUUGGUUAUUUUUAAUUAAGUGUUGAUUUGUUUUGACGUCUGAAAAGCGUGGCUAAUGGCAAUUCCACAGUCAUCUACAAUUUUGAAAACGAUGUUCAAGCCUCAUCGUCACAGUGAGAAAUGCUGAUGGCUAACAGAUACUCACAGCCAAGGUAUCUAUCUGACUGAGAAAGUUGGAUCAGUACAUCACAGGUUAUCAGGGAUUUGUCAUAUUUUGAUAUGGGGAAGAAGCAGGAAAACUUUUCAGGCACGUGAAAUGUCUUUUUAAAUGGUUGAAAACUCUGUAAUGUGUUGAAACAUGUGCUCGCUAUCAUCAGGAUUUGCAAGCAGCUGUUUGCGGCACACUUACUGACGCACUUUUGAGUUUGAUAUGGAGGCAGGCUGUUAUGUCAUACCUGCCAGGUCAGUUCACCCACAUACCAGCUGUUUCAUCUUCGUCCAACAUUACCGGUGGUGUAAAUGUGUCUGAUUGUGUCCUGAAUUAUAAUACUCUCUCUGGGAAUAAAACAGUUCUCAGUGCAAUUUCUUUUUUUCA